UUGGGCACUAGAACUUCGACUUUGACGUUGUGUCGAUCGAGCGAGGGCUAUAUACAUAGUUGAUAGCUAUCGGAAAUUACACUGCACUACAUAGUCGGUUCCGGAAUUGUAGUGAUUUUCCCCCAGUUGUGGUUUUCGAGUCGCCGAUUGAUUUCGCCCUUUAAAAAUAGCCCUGGUUUCUGAUCGAGCGAAAGUGGACGUAGACGAUGCCCAAUAACCGCAAUCGUAAUCGCAAUCGGAAUCGCAAUAAACGCAAUCGAAACCAAAAUCAAAAUCAAAACCCAAACCAAAACCAAAACAAUCAGCAGCAGGCAGAGGGGGCGGAGGAGCGGGAAGAGCGGGAGGAGCAGCAGGAUUCUCAGAUCGCAGUAGCAACUUCUUCUUCCUCCAUAGAUGAUAAUGGAAAUUCUGGCAGCGUUUCAAAUGGGCCAACGGAAAACGGCGAAAAUGUUGUUGCUUUCGACCAAAGUGUGACGAACACUCUUGAGAAAACCGCAGAAAUAGAAGAAAUAUCCGAGAAACCAGCAAUAGUCAUCCAAAAAGAAGAAGAUUUAGACGCAGAAAUGGGUGCCAAAAACUCGAAACAUCGCAAGGAAAAGUCCGAUAAGCAGGCGACUAAUGGAAAAGUCGAAGAGCAGGUGCGUCCACCACCCACAAUUAUAAGAAGGCCACCCGGCAGCCCCCGCCAAGCCAAGGUCAUAGUUCAUCGCAUUGUGAGGGAGGAGGACAAGGCAAAUGGCAAGGCUGAAUCACAGCAGCAACAGAAGGUCGUGGAAUCCAAAGAGCAGCACUUGGAGGUUGACGAAUCAAAGAAGCCGCAACUGGACACAAUAGAACGACGAGAAAACGAAGCAGCUCAUCAGAAACCUUUAGAAACUAGUCCGUUAUUAGAAGACGCACAGCAGCAACAUGUUGCAGUUGCACAAAAUCUAGAGAUUAACGAAAGUUCAUUACCAAAGGAAGAUGAAGUGGAUUAUUCGAAGGAGGACUCAGUUGAAGCUGAACCCUCUAAGGAGCUGCCACCUGACCAGGAGCAACAGCAACUUAAGCCAAAAGAACCAGAGCAAUACGUGUUGCAACUUGAAAAAGCCAUGGAAUUUGUAGAAAAUGCCCACCAGCAACAUAUUUCUGCCGUGCAAAAUAUUAAACAACGGAAAGAUAUAGAGGAUAACUCACAGCUAAAUAAAGCACAAGCUCCCCAGGAAUCAAAUGAAGUACAGCAGCAGCAUGUUGCUGUUGCAGAAAGAGUGGAGGAUCAGAGAGGAAAUCAAGCUAAUAACGCACGACAGCAGCAAGUUGAAGAGCAUCAACCAGUGUCCUUGUUGGAUAAUAUCAAUCAGUUUCAAGUUGAUUUUGCUGCUCAGUCCUUGGAGAAAAUCCUGAAAGAAAAUAAGUUGCAGCCUGAGCAGCACACCUCCAAGGUGAUCAUCCACCAGAUCCGGCUGGAAACCAGCGAUGAAGAGCGGCCGCGAAAGGGUAAGCCCACCUUCGAGGAAAUUAGCAGUACAUCCGGUUCUCUGGCCGGAACUCUCUCCCCGCCGCCCCGCUAUUUGGUGGAAUCACCGAAGAACGUGUCAAGUGGCGGCCAAUUCUCGCGCUUCUCCCGCGAUGUGCAAAUCCAGGAACUGGAGCUCAACAGUGAUUGCAGCUCCGGGGAAUUCAAUUCCCUGCAGUCGCCGCUCGUCUGCGAAGCGGACUCGGAAUCGGAGGGAUCGGUUGUCCUGGGGGCGGAGCGAUCCCCGUCGGAUCAGCAGGUGCCGUCCAGCAGCCGUGUGGAGCAGCAGGAGCAGCUGCGUCAGAAGCGCGCCCAGAAACGGAAUGCUCUGGAGUCGCACUUCCUGCCGCAGCUGCUCAAUCCCCGCUACCUGGACAGCAUCCUGGAGGAGAAUGGCGAGGCGACCAGUUUCCGGAACUCCAACUCCUCCUCCGGCGGAGGCGAUCAGGCGGGGACCCGCACGCCCAAGCUGGACGAGACCUUUCCCAAGAGCCAGUUGGACUUUAGCCGGCGGCACAAGCGACGAGAGGAGGCCCCCUCGCCGCUGAAGCUGGAGACCAAGCUGCUGGAGGAGUCCUCCGAUCUGGAGAGCUGCACCCGUCUCCAGAGCGCCCUAUCGCCGCAGUCCGAAGACGCCGAGUUGGUGUACCUCAGCUCCUCGGCCUCCAGUAGUGUGUCCGACCUCAUGGAGCUGGAACUGGAGCAGGCGGCCGCCUUGGCGGAGAGGGCCCUGGUCGAUCUGGACACGGAUGCCAGUCGGCUGAUCCUACGGCCGGACGACGAGAUGAGCAGCACCAGCACCACCACGGCGGACCGGAGCGAGACGGAACCGGAAACGGAGACGGAGACGGAGGCGGACAGAGAGGCCGAGGAGAGUCGCGAGAGCACACCUGUUAACGCUAACCCGACGCUCGCCAGCUCGCUGUCUUCGCUGCUGAGCGCCGCAACGCCGACGCCGACACCGACGCCCACGCCCGCGGACCGAGAACAAUUAGCAAAAGAUACAAAUGUAUCUGGCGGAUCGGCGGUUAGUUUCGGAACAGCAUCGCCGCUGGCGGCCACGCGCGAGGAGUUCGUUCGCAACAUGGACAAAGUGCGCGAGUUGAUCGAGAUGACGCGGCGCGAACAGGAGCAAGUGGAAGUCCCGCCGACCGGUACGACGCGUUCGCCGUCGCCGCCGCCCGUUCCCCCGCCCCCUGCCGCAGUGUCCCCCUUCUCCUCCCCCCUGUUCCACCUCACUCCGCUGCAGCUGAGGCGGCAGGAGUCGAACGACUCCCACUGCUCAGACAGCACCACCCACAGCCAAUGCACGGCCAUCAACCUGGCCAGUCCCCCGCCGCCUCCCACCGCCCAGCCACCCACUCCGCCACUCAGACAGAAGCCCGCACCACCCCACGCACCACCCACCCCCCAAUCAGAGCCAGAGCUUUCAGUUGCAGAUUCGGAUGCAGAUGCACAUACGGAUGCAGACACGGAUGCAGAUACGGAUGCCAUAAAGAAGCUGCGUCUGCUGUGCACCGAGCAGUUGGCGUCCAUGCCCUAUGGCGAACAGGUGCUCGAGGAGUUAGCCAGCGUGGCCCAGAACAUAGCCGAUCAGUCGCAGAACAAGAUGCCCUACCCCAUGCCCCAGUUGCCGCACAUCAAGGAGCUGCAGUUGAACGCCGGCGAGGGCAAGUCCUCCUCCGCCUGGCUGGGCCUGCCCACCCAGUCCGAUCCGCAGCUGUUGGUUUGCCUGUCCCCCGGCCAGAGGGAGCUCCUGGAUGCCCAGACCCAGCCUGAUGACCUGCUGGAUGCCCACCAGAAGUUCGUGGAGCGCCGGGGCUACCAUGAGCUGACCAAGGCCCAGGUGCUCGAGCAGGAUCACCAGCAGCAGCAGCAGCAGAGCGAGAUGCUCAAGACCGCGGCCAUGAUGCGCGAGUUGCGCAAGAGCCUCUCGCCGCCGGCGCCCCCCCCCCCGCCGCCCGUGCCGCUGAAGAGCGCCGAAACCGCGGCCAAGGCAACCGCUCAUGAAAGCGCCAAGAGAGAUGACGCAAGCGAACAAAAGCAGAAGAUCGCGGCAGGCGAAUCGUCAUCGCUUGAAAAUAAACCAAGGCGAGCAGCUGAUCUCGGCGAGCAGCAGUCGGCAGAGCACCGCCAGAGCAGCAGCACCACCAGCACAAGCGUCCACAACACCGCAGAGAGCAUGUCCAGUGCCACAUCCAAGUUUCCCACGCUGGACGGCAUGGAGAGCGAGCUGGCCAGGAUGUUCCCCCAGCACAAGGGCGACAUUUUCGAGGAGCAGCGCAAGCGCUUCUCCAACAUCGAGUUCCCCAGCCAUCAGCCGGUGCAGAGUGAAACCAAGCGGUACUCCAACAUCGAGACGAGCAGCUUCGAGUCCAAGAAGCGCAUGGAGAACGGCCAGGUGGUCUACGAUGUGAGCACCUCCAGUCGCGAGAAGAAGGAGGAGGGCGAGCCACCCAAAGAGCAGCCCGCCCCGCCCAUCCCCCCGCCGCCAAUUAUGUCAGCAACGAAAUUAAACGGUGGCACUUUCAUUGAUGGAGACGUGGCGCCCAAAAAUAGCCAGCCGGCGAGAGGGGGCGGCAGCGGGGGCGGCAACGGUUCGUAUGAGGAAUUUCGGCAGCGUGCCAAGGCCGCGGCGGAUGCUUUUGGAGAUCAGCGGGAGCAGCAGCAGCAGAAUGGCCUGGACCACGACCGCGUGUUCAAGGACUUCGACAGGCUGUCCCAGCAGAUGCACGCCGAGCUGCAAACCACCCGCGAAAGGCGGGAGAAGUCCGCUUCCCUGUACGAUCUCAGUGGCUUCACCCGGCCCUCGGCGGGUCAUCCGAAGCUGGAGGAACUGCAGCAGCGGCGACAUGCCCACAUGCAGGAGUUGGAGAAGGAAAUAGAGCGAUCGGCGAAGUCCCGGCAGGAGCGCAUGUCCUCGGUGCCGCGACAAAUGGAGGCCACUCCCCCGCAAUCCCGUGAAAUUCCCAUAGAACUGGAGCCCCGUUCCCGCCGUGCCGAGUCCCUCUGCAAUCUAAACGAGCCACCGCCACGUCCGCACACCACAGUGGGUCACUACAACCACGCGGCGGCUCAGGAUGACUGGUCGCGAUACGCCAGUGACCUGGGCUACUCGGAGAACAUAGCGCGACCCUUCGCCAGGGAGGUGGAGAUCUGCUACCAGCGACAGAACCAGAGGGCACCCCACUCCAUUAGGGCCCCGCGACUCUCGGCCAGCACCAAUGACCUGAGCACCUCCAGCCAGUACAGCUUCGAUAGCUUCAAUGCCUACGGCGGCCGGAGGACCCACGCCCCCAUGCUGAACCAGGCCCAACAACAGCAGCGUCCCCACUACGGCAGUUGCUACUCCAUGAUCGAGAGGGACCCCAAUCCCAGGUACAUCAGCACCACCUCGCGAAGGGGCGUGAGUCCUGCCCCACCGGCUGCACCACCACCGCAGCAGCAAGUGCCGCCACCCGCCUACGAUCGCCAGCAGAGGCGGUCCUCGCUGCCCAGGGAUCUCCACGAGCAGCAGCUGAAGUACAUACUCUCCAAGGAGGAGGAGCUCAAGUUUGAGGUGGAGCGGCUGCAGCAGGAGCGGCGUCGCCUGAUGGAGGAGAUGCAGAGGGCGCCGGUCCUGCCGGCUCCCCAGCGGAGGGAGAGCUACAGGCCCGCGGCCAAGUUGCCCACCUUGAGCGAGGAUGAGGUCUUCCGGCAGCAAAUGGCCGAGGAGUGGAUGAACAAGGUGGCCGAGCGCGAGGAGCGGCGCCAGCACAAGAUCAUACGCAUAUCCAAGAUCGAGGAUGAGCAGGACCACUCCACCGUGGACAGGGCCACCAUAAGCGAUGAGUUCCUGGACCGGGUGAAGGAGCGGCGCCACAAGCUGGCCAUGCCGGCGGACAGUGACUGGGAGAGCGGGGCGGAGUCCCAGCCGCAGCCCAAUCAGGCCCAAUCCCAGCCAGAGUCGGAUGUGGAGGCCGCCCCAGUGCGCAUACUCGAGGGCCAGGCGGAGGCCAAUCUGCGCCAGCUGCCACGCCACCUGAGGGAGUUCGCCAAGUUCUCCACCAGCGAGCAGCUGCCGGAUGGCGCCCAGAUGGAGCGCCACGAGGAGCAGGAGCGCAGGGAGGAGGCCACGGACAACUCGCACAGCAGUGCCAGCAAGAAGACGAGCAUCGUGAAGACGUACAAGGUGUCGCGGCUGCCGCCUUCCGUCCAGGACAGAGCCACCGCAUCGGAGGCGGACGCAGGAGCGGGAAUGGGUGUCCGGCUGCGACCACGCCCACCCAAGCAGACGCGCUUCCUCCUCAACGCCCAGCAGCUGCAACAGCAGCGGCAGCGACGCAGCUGGUCGGAAAGCGAUCUUCUCAAGGAGAUCGACAGCGAACUGCAGCUGGCCAAGGGCUUCCUCUACGCCAAUGUCUACAAAGUCAAGCACGAGUAUAUGAGCGAACCGGAGACGGGCAGCGAUCGUCCCCGGAAAAUGGCACAGUUAGGGCGAAGACAGUACGACGGCAUCGGUCCGGUGACCAACGAUGGAAUGCCCAUCAUCCUCAGAUCGGAGGUCCAGGAGCCGCAUCAGCAUGAGUGGUACAAGCGUCUGUAUCAGACGAUUCACAAGCAGAAGAACGGCGAUGAUUUCGUGAUUCGCUACAAGUGUCCCAGAGCCCGUCCGUCGUACAAGAGCAACGGCUACGUCUCAGAGCCCGAACCCAACUACGAUUCCGACUACUCCACGGUGAGGUACCGCACCCAGAAUCCGCACCGCGUGCAGUCCGUAUCCUCGGCUGUCAAUGUGCGCAACCUCAACCAGGACGAGAAGUUGUAUGGUACUAUGCCAAAUCCCAUAAAAUCAGCGCAGAACUCGUAUAAAAAUCAGCCAGGUCGCAUCGAGAACUACACGACAGGUCAUUCGUCUGUUUCCGAAAAGGAAAAGAAGGAGUGGUGGGACGAAGUGAUGGACAUCUUUAACGGGAAUCUAGAACAAUCGAAAUUAUCGCCGUUGUAUACCGAAGGUAACUUGUCCAGAGCUCUGGCCAAGGAAUCCGGCUAUACCAGCGACUCAAACCUCGUCUUCCGAAAGAAGGAGCUACCUGUAAGCAGUCCCCUUAGUCCCGUUGAACAAAAGGAGGCCUACAAGAGUCUCCAGGCAGGCGGAGAACCUCCACUGCUCGGCUUCCGCAAACCAGCGCCCGAGAAGCCCCGUGAAAUUGUGGAGGAGUUCGAAUUCAUACAGAUCACUCCCACGCUCACAAAGAUUCGUGUGAGCACCAAGGAGCUGGAAGAGGAGCAACCCUUGAAAAAACUGCCAACCAUACCGCCUCCGCCGCCACCACCUCCACCACCGCCACCGCAAGAUUUGACCAAGAGGAGGGAGAGGAAGCCGGCGAAGAUGUUCUCGCAGCUGUCGAAGAAUCUGCCCUCGUUCAUUCCCUUGAGCAAGAAGCAGCAAGUAUCGCAACAGGAUGACCCUCCUCCAAGACCGCCCCACCGGAAGUCCAGCUGCACGAAGAGCACUGUUCGGGUGCUGAGUUCCGCCUCGAAGUCCAGGCAUGAGCAGUGCUUCCAGCCACCGAAUGGCAAUGCCUCUGGGGUGUCCACCAUCACCCUGAGGAAGGUGGCCACCUCGAGUUGUUCGCGUCGCGAGCCCAUUUGUCGGUCGAAGUCGGCGGGAGCGGUGUCCACCCUCCUGCAAACCCUGACGGCCACCAAGGAAACCCGACUCACGCGUCGCGUUCAGCAGCAGCAGCAGCAGUCCCGUUUGAGGUCCUCCAGUCCUAGUAGACGUCCCGCCCGUCUGCUGGCUCUUCGCCACUCCAGCCGGAGCCCCGUGGCCUUUGGUCGUAGCAUCUCGAAGGAGCGCAGCUUCGCUGAGGAGAAGAAGCGACUGGAGAACACCCUACCAGCUAAUCGCACCAACUUUGAGGCUAGUACCAAUAUCCUAAGGGACCCCUCUCUGAAAUCCCCUCAAGAGGUAAGGGAGGCAGUGCGCUCGUACGCCACCUCGCGUAGCAAGUCUUUGCCAAGGCUCCGUCACACCACGGUGAGCACCACUACAAGGCAGACCAUGUGUUUCCCACAAGUGCGACCCCAGACGCUAUUGGACUGUGGAACUCGAUCGCUGAGGAAGUCUUCCUCGAAGGCUGGAAAGGGUCAGGUUAAGAAUGGGUCUAAUGACAGCCUGCCGCGGAGUAACUCCACUUUCUCCAUUGACUCGCUGGUGCGUCAGGAAUUCGUGCCCAUUGCACCGCCCAAAACGUAUGUGAGCAAGUCCAGAGGCUCGUCUUCCAAGGCGCUGGUUCCUCUCCAGAACAGCCGCAGCGAAGGUCAUGUUCCCCGGAAGCGUCAGACCGGGAAAACCACCUCCAAGCCAUCUCCACCGGUUACCGUCCACUCCUAUAGCGAGUCGGUGCGCGAAAAGACCAACUUUUGGAACGAGUACAAUGCGAAGCAGGCCAUGUCAUUGCCCCAGGAAUACAAAUUCGGUCCGGAGGAUGUGUGCGACUACGCCAGUCAACCGAUCCAGCAACCGUGCAUCGAGGACCUCGUGUGGAAGUAUGAGGGCAGGGAGCAGCGUCCUCCGAAACAAGUGUCCGUGACGGACAUUGCCCGUCCGCAGUCGCCGCAAUUGAGCCAGGAGCGUCGCUUUUCGCCCACUCGAGAGGUGAGAGUGCCCCAGAUUAGCCGAGAGGUGCGAUCCCCCUCUCGCCGACGCAUCGACAGCCUGCGUUCCAAGGACAAGGAGCAGUCGUUGGCCAGGGCCAGCAGUCUGAGCAGCGCCGAUGAGCGUCGCAGGGCCACUCCCGUUCCGGCGAAUGGACUCUACCAGUGCGGGGAACUGGCCCACAGCGCCACUUCUCUGACCCACCUGGAGCGGCACAGCCCCAGCUGUCGGUAUCGCAACAACUGCGAGCGUUUCACCGAGCUAAACCGCUUUUACAGCACUUUGGAGCGGGUGGGUCAGCUGGAGAGGGCCACAUCCUCCAGCAGCUUCCAUCCCUUGAGGAAAGAUGCCGAGCUCCUGGACUUUGAUGAAUGGCGCCGGGUGCGACUUCACGAACGCGCUGAAAAGGAGCUCCACUAUUUGGUGGGAAAGCUACAAGAUGACCAGAAACAGCGGGAUCUGCACUUCCGUUCCAAGGACGUGGGCUCCAUCAAGUGGCGCCAGGAGGCCGACCAAUCACUGAUUGCCAAGAAGAAGUCCGUCGAGGAUCUCCGGGACAAUUUCGAGCAGCUGAAUCUUCUCAGGCAGCAACAGCAACUGCAAUCGGAACCGGUUCAUCGCCAUUGGAGGCGCAACACGGUGGCUGAUUUGGCCAGCAGUCUGGAGCACCGCGUGGAAGUUGAGCCGGAGAUGGAGCGCCACUUGGACAACGAUCUGGUGAGCACUUUGUCCAAGGAUCAGAUCAAGAAAAUCACCCAGCAGCUGAAUGAGAUUUACUCGGGAAACCGCACGGUUCCCGCCGUCGAGGAGCAGUAUGUGGUCACCGUGGAGAAGGGUUCCCGACCGAAUGGCCUGAAGGUGCGCUGCAACUCGACCAUCUCCAAGGAUCAGCUCCUGGGCCCCGUUCAACGCAAGCGGGACGAACAGCAGUCCAACCAGACUUUGCCCCGUGCCACUCGCAGUCAAUCGCCGGUGGUGGUGGCCAGGGAAACCCGUGGCGCCAUCGCAGCCAAGAAUGCCGAGUUGACCCUGGCCAAACCGCCUGAUGUGCCACCCAGGCCCAAACCCGCACCAAGUCAGGAGGCCAAGAGCAAGCCACCUGCAAAGGCGGACUCUAAAGUGGAAACUCGCGAGCCAGCGGAGGACAUAAACCAGAAGAUACAGUACUUCGAGGAUCGCCAGUUCGAUGAGCCACCGAAGACCAUUUACCACGCUCGCGAGGAUUCCUCUCCAGACGAGGCAGAGGUUAUGCGACUCAUCAAUCAAAAUAUGCAGGAGCGCCAGCGAGCCAGGCAGCUUCUUCACCACCAGGAGCUGAGCAACUCCCUGACCGAUUUGAGCGGCGUUUUCGGCGAGCGUCCAGCUGCCCGAGUAAAUUUUCACUUGCACAGCCCGCCCGACCGUCCGCCCGACGACGAGCUUAUCAGCUUUGGGAACGGAUCACCGGAUCAAGGAGACGGCAGUCUUGAGCUCUACUCGGACUCCUACUACCGAUCGCGCAGUCUGUCGCCCCAAUCGCAGGCCUCCGCCUGCUCCAGCUCCUAUUUGCAGAGGGUAUACACUGGCGAGGUGAGGAAGAUGCGCCAGCACUUCGAGAGCAUCCAGCAGUCCGGGGAGCAGUCCCGGGAGCCAUCCAACGAGCGGCGUGAUUUUUUUGGGCUUAGCUCGCUGCGGAGGGCGCGCAGCGAUCCCGAGAUGAAUGCGGGAUCCAAAGACGCCCCGGACACCGCUACGGAGGCGGUGUCCAAGGAGGAUGUGCCACGGCUGACCCACAAGUUCGAGCUGCGGGCAGCGACGCCCUCGCCGGAACGCGGGAGGAGGCGCCUGAGGAGCGCCCAGGACAGGCUAAUGCCCCAUAUCGACAUCAUCAGCAAGACGGCGGCCUUGAAAAGGGAGCUACCGAUCCGGCCGAGUCCCACGAGGAGCGUGAGCAGCAACAGUCACUGCUUCGAGCGACUGAGGAUGCGCUACGAAUCGCCGGAGCCACAGACCCAGAGCUAUCUGUCCACCUCGCAUCCGGACAUGCGGGAUGUCCACGACAUAUCGCCGCACUUGAGUGCCGACUGGGUGGCUCACAAGCACCCCGAGCCCUCGAAGCCCAAGGAGCUGCCCCGGAAGCCACAGCGGGUGGUGCGGGCCAGCUCCACUUCGCCACUGCGUCCGGCAAAAUCGGAGAGCCACCAACUAGGCUCCCGACUAACUAGCUGCAUGAGGGACAUAUUCGCCAACCAGAAGUUCGAUCCCAACAAACAUCGUCCCAAGGCUCGAUAUGUACCCGAUGGUGCAGAGAAUGGCAAUAAGAAUCCCAAGGACAAUGGAACUUUGGAGCGCCUCAAGAAGACGGCCAUGGUGACUUUCAAAGAUCUCGACCCGAACGCGCCCCCAAUACCCCCUCAGCCGCCAGUCAAGGGUCUCUCCGCCUACGAUUUCCCGUACAACACCGACACUUUCGACGGAUCAGAUUCUCCCAAUCGUUACUAUGCCACAGACGUGAACAUCCACUUCAAGACCCCGAUCAGGCAUGAGCAGCGCCAGAACGUGCCGGAGGAGGAACUAGCCAUUCGCCAAGCGGAGCACAUGCAGAAGCUCUACCACGAGGAGCGCCGCCGCAAGUAUCUACAGGAGCUGCAGGACAUGAACUCGCGCCGCCACACGGACAACUUCACGCCGUCGCAGAAGUCGCCCAUCGCCCUCAAUCGCUACGAUGACUUCCCCACGGACGUGACCCUCAAGUCGCUGGUCGGACCCAAGACGGUGGCCAGGGCCCUCUUCAACUUCCAGGGACAGAGCUCCAAGGAGCUCUCCUUCCGCAAGGGCGACACCAUCUACAUCAGGCGUCAGAUCGACGCCAAUUGGUACGAGGGCGAGCACAAUGCAAUGAUUGGUUUGCUCCCGGCCAGUUAUGUUGAGAUUGUCAGUCGAAAUGGUGCCCGUACUCCAUCUAAGCGACCAUCGGAGGGCCAGGCCCGUGCCAAAUACAACUUCCAAGCCCAAUCGGGCGUCGAGCUUUCCUUGAACAAGGGCGAAUUGGUAAUUCUGACUCGCCGAGUGGAUGGAAACUGGUUCGAGGGCAAAAUUGCCAACAGAAAGGGCAUCUUCCCAUGCUCCUAUGUCGAAGUACUCACGGAUAUUGGUGCUGAGGAUAUUGCGGCCAGAACAACGACCGUGAUUACCAGCCAGAGCACCACGAAUCUGCGGCCCAAUCUUGAUGUGCUGCGCACAAACAUCAACAAUGAGUUCAACACACUCACUCAAAAUGGAGUCCAACCACCGAACGGAAUCCUCAAGGAAACGCGGGCGCUCCACAAGACGGACGCCCUGCAUGUGGACACCAGUUCCAAGCCAUUGGCUUACCGCGCCCUGUACAAGUACCGGCCCCAGAACUCCGACGAACUGGAGCUCCUCGAGGGGGAUGUGGUCCAUGUGCUGGAGAAGUGCGACGACGGAUGGUUCGUGGGCACCUCGCAGAGGACCGGCUGCUUCGGCACAUUCCCCGGCAACUACGUGGAACGGGCCUAGAGAUCGACCGGAUGAUCCUGCCCCCGGGUCGGCAUUCGUCUCUAAUCUUAAUGAAUUUGUAGUCUAAUAUGAGGAGGAAUCAGCGUGGCCGGGGCGAAGGCAGUUCUAUGACUAUUUCUGACUUGGUUUUACUGGAUUAUUUUAUGUUGUUGUUGAAUAAUUCUUAUCCCGCUAAUUCUACUGCUUUCGUUUUGCCGUAAUUUAAAGCUAUUUAUUUAUUUUUAAACAGAGCAUUAAUUAUAUCAAUGUUGGAAUUACGUUUAUUUAUGAGAUGCAAAUAUUAACCAGAAGUUGUCCCCUCCACCUCCCCCACUCCGACACCCCAUUCACCCAAGAAUCACACACACACCAAAUAUCGAAGGACCUAAAUUAAGAUCAUAUAUAUAUAUACUUUGUCGUUUACCUACUAAUUUUAACUAGUCACAGCUAAUUUCCAAAAAAAAAAAAAAACAAUUGCAAAAAAAUAUAAAGAAGUGGAGACCGUUGAACUAAAGUGCCUUAAAGUUGAAAUUUUAAUGACUAAAAAUAAAAACAAAAAUUAAAAAAAAAACGUGCUAAGAUCCAAGGGCCCCUUGUUGUCGGCAGUGGAUAAUUAUUAUUGAUAAUUAUUAAUAUUAUUUAUGAUGAUAUUGUCAAGUCCGAACCAACAGAAAUCAUUUUAAAAUCAUUACAAAAAGCGUUUAUUACACAGACACUGUUGCAAGCGUAUUUAGUAAAUAAAGAAAAAACUAAAAAACAA